CAAAAUGUGUUCCAUCUGUAUGUAUACAGUUAAAAUUUAACGGAAAAUGAAGAAUAUCCAGUGCAAAGGCGGAAGGCAGGAGGCCUAGCGUUGGAGGGAAUAACGGAAUAUUCCCGUUUGGCUCUGAUUCUGAAUUUCCUUCAUAAAAUUAAUUAAAUUAAAUUAAAUUCCCCACUCCUCAAAUCCAUGUUUUUUUGCUGCAAAUCAAAUUCCCUGAUUGUUUGAGGAAGGAGAAGCCUCUUCAUCUUCCUCCUCGCUCCUUCGGUGGCUGCAACAAUGGCGCUUAAAGCCAUCCUUGUCUCCGACGUACCUAACUUCAACCAGGUCGGACAAAACCCUAGUGCUUUGCUUUCUCCACACGUUUCUCCUCCGAAGGCGUGGAAUUGAACACGGCCAGGGCACAGAGGAGACGGGAUGAAUAUGUUGCAUAGUUCCGAUGCGAGCGAGAAUGAUAUCCAUUAAAGAGAAUUCCAUCGCCUCCUUCAACGCCGCCGCAAAAUUUCCCAUUGAUUACAGGAUUACUGAACUGUGUUUAUCGGAAUUCCUUGGCUAUGGGCCUCAAAGAGAACCAGAGAAGAAAGGAAGAUCUCUGUUGAGGAAAACAAAAGAUGGGAAAAUAGUGAAUUGGGAUGUUGAAACUGAUGACUCGCUUUGCACAUUGCAAAAGGCUUUCCAGAAAGUAGAGCCCUCUCUGGGACCCAUCAUUUUCUCUAGCUUCCAGCCUGAUGCUGCUCUGCUUGUUAGGAAGCUACAGGACACAUACCCUGCCUUUUUCUUAACUGAAGGAGGGACUGAGAUUUACCAUGAUGUGAGGAGGAAUUACAAUGUGGUGGAGGCUGUUUACAAGCAACAUUUGAUGGGAAUUGAUGGAGUAAUUGUGAAUCUUGUUAAAGAGAUCACAGAGGGAGUGAGCGGCAUGAUAAAAAUCCCUCACUUGCUACUGAAGAAGCUGCAGGGAGAAUCAAAGCCUCAUUUCUCACAGAGGGAGUUGGCAUUUCUCUUGAAGCUCAUUCCAGAGUUGAUUCAGCAGCACUAGCUCUUUCCUUUCCAAAUCUUUGCAUGCAUACACACAUACAUAAUUAAAAUUUCGACACCACU